CGCGGCCUUUAUGGAUAAAGAGUUGGGCCUUUGCCGUUUGAAAGCGCCAGGGCUCCACUGACGCUUUCAAAGUCAACAAAGAUACGUUCGCGCCCUCGAGAGUCGUGGGAAGGGUUGUAUGUUUAAGUUCCAGUGCAGGCACCACUGGUCGCCAAACGUCCAGCAACGCUACUGCAACUGUAACUACACAAGACCAGAAGGCAUGAAUGAACACGCCAUCCGCCUCAGAAGCCUCGCACCGAGGGAGUUUGCGAAGGAAAUCAUCAGCAAGAACGCCAAUGACGGCAUAGAAGACCCAUUUUUCGUCGUAGACAUCGAUGACCUGUUCUACAAGGUCGAGCUUUUGCGGAAGCAUUUCCCGCGAGUGAAGCCAUAUUAUGCCGUCAAGUGCAACGAUAACCCUGUCGUGCUGGAAGUCCUUGCUGCUCUUGAUGUGGGAUUUGACUGCGCCAGUAUCGCCGAAAUCGAAGCCAUCAUCUCACUUCGCGUGGACCCGUCACGUAUCAUCUACGCUCACACUCAGAAGCACGUCAGCUAUCUACACCGUGCCUGGAAGCUGGGAGUCGACCUUAUGACCUUCGACAGCGCCGAUGAACUUUACAAGAUAAAAGGGCACUAUCCACGCGCGCGCCUGGUGUUGAGACUGAAGGUUCAGAACAAGAAAGCUUGGUUCCGCUUGGGAGACAAGUUCGGAUGUUCCGAGGGCGAGGCUGUCGAACUGCUCCACCUGGCCAAGAGCCUCGACCUGACCGUCGUGGGCGUGUGCUUCCACGUCGGAGGAGGUAACGAGGAUGCCAGCGCUUUUGCAACAGCUAUUGCAGCCGCAAGGCGGACUUUCGACGCUGGCCGAGACAUCGGUUUCGACAUUACCUUGCUGGACAUCGGCGGCGGAUAUCCGAGAGAGAAAGGAUGCCCGCCACUUUUCUUGGAGACCGCAGACAUCGUCAACGAGUGCCUGGCGAAACACUUUCCUGAAAGCUACGGCGUAACCAUAAUCAGCGAGCCUGGCGGUUUCGUCGUUUCAUCAGCCCUCUCCAUCUACACAAAGAUCAUCGGCAAGCGCAUGAGCGACGGCAGCGACGGCACCAAUCCAAGUGUACGCAUGUACUAUAUCAACGAAUCCAUGUACAAGUCCUUCAUCAUGUCCUUCUACAAUGAAGAUGUUAUUCAUCCGGAGCCACUUACGGAGGUGACGGGCCCCAUGCAGCCAAGCAUGGUGUGGGGCAUCACCUGCGAUGGCUCGGACAGAAUAAAAAGCGCCUGCGCGCUCCCAGACAUGGACGUGGGUAACUGGUUAUGCUUCGAGAACAUGGGCGCAUACAGCAUAACCAUUACCUCUCCCUUCAAUGGGUUCCCCAACGCAGAUAUCCAUUACCGAGCCAGCAAGUCUGUGCAAGAACGCCUGCGCCGAAAGCAAAUUGUUUCCUUCCUGGAUACUGCUUGAUAAGGUCCACGCACUUCUUACCAUGUGGCAUAUUUUGUGGUAAAUUGCUCGAAGGUCAUAAGUCCCCGACAACGAGACGAUCGUUUGAGGUAUCUUCAGGGGGCGAUACCAUUAGGAGAACUUACAUGCUUAGUUAACCUCAAGAAGGACGACCUGUGGACGCUCUGUUGUAUGCGUAUACCCACUGUACCACAGCGAACUGCAAGCACAUGUAGGCAGAUUCGUAUAAAGUAUAUGAACGCCCUUGUAACUAUAUUCCCCACAGUGUACUAUGCUGUCAAAGGCUCCCUACCUCGUGCGAGUAAUUAUAUUUCUGAUACAUGA